AUGGCGGCAUCUGAUGCGGCUUACCAGCGUCGUAACCGCAUUCUUUCACAGUCGAAUAGGCGACUGAGCACGCUUAGCAAGCCGGAAUACGACGACGAUACGUCGGAACCCCCUUCUUCAUUUGUAAAGGAAGUCCUCAGUUCAAGCAAAGAACAUAAGCGUCCGGUUGCGUCGGCUGUCCCUAAACCCAAGGUGCUAUCUCUUAAUCCGAGCACUACUCGUCGUAUCGCGAUCUGCAACUUGGUCAGUUAUGUGCUGAGUUUUGUGCUCGGAUGUUAUGUUUGCUACACGCUACAUGUUGAAAGGGUUGGAAAAUACUGCCCGUUGUUUGUGCGCGCCUUAUUUUCGUUGUUCGACGCUUUCGGCAUGGGUCAAAUGAUCAACAAGUUAUUCGCCGCGUGGAGCGAUGCUCCGAUACCCGCACAACGUUCUGUAGUGAAGGCGUUGACAUAUGGUUCUGUGAUACUGAAUCUGUACCCAAUAUGGUCAGGUAUGCGCAAACAGGGAUCUUCAGGGCAACCCGCUGAGAGCGAGGAUAAGCCUGAGAGUGCGGAAGUGAGCGACAGCAAGAACAACGAUGAUGACAAAAGUUCUGGUUUGAUGUCUGAUAUUGACGAGGAGCAUUUGACGAUGAUUGCAUCGUUCGUAAUUCGUUCUGGUGCGGCUUGCCUGGUAUUUGGUCUUUUGGGCUACGACGGUCUCUACAAUGUACCUGUGUUACUCAAGUUCCUCCGUUAA